AUGGAAAUCCGCCAAGUGCUUCUUCGAUUCAAGCACCAAAUUCUCUUCGCCCUAGCUUUGGCUUUCACUAUCAUCUUCAUUUGCUAUUUGGCGCCUAGGUUUGUCGAUAUCUUGAAGUACUUUUGGCCGCUGCUCGUUUCGACGGCCCUAUUUCUUUUUGCCAGCGUUGUUUUCGACCGGAUAUCUCCGGUGACGGAUGAUUCAGGCGAGAAACCCGGUGAGGGAUUGCUGGAUUUCGUCUCCGGCGAGCCGCCGGUUGGGGAAAUGGAGACCACUGAAGGGGCGGCCGAAGUGGAAGAAAGUCUGAAAGCCGAGUAG